UGUUAGUCUAUAAAUCUGAGCUGAGCAUCGAUUUUAGUUGAUUUUUGGUUCUGGGUUUUGGUUUAAUCUCUGUUUGAUUUGGGGGUUUGGUCUUAGUUAUGGAUAUUGCAAGAUUUUCUAUAGUGAACUUGUUGUUAGGGAUUUCGUUUUUGUCGAGUGGGGAUUGUAAUUUGGUGUUUAAGGUUCAGCAUAAAUUCAAUGGUCGUCAGAGGUCGUUGAGUGCGUUCAAAGCCCACGAUAUGCACCGUCGCGGUAGAUUUCUUUCUGCUAUUGAUCUUGAAUUGGGUGGCAAUGGACAUCCUUCUGAAUCUGGGCUGUACUUUGCUAAAAUUGGGCUUGGGACACCAGCCAAGGACUAUUAUGUUCAAGUGGAUACAGGAAGUGACCUCUUAUGGGUGAAUUGUGCAGGCUGUGCAAACUGUCCAAGGAAAAGUGAUCUUGGUAUAGAACUGACUUUAUACAAUCCAUCAAGCUCUAGUACUUCAAACCUGGUAACUUGUGAUCAAGAUUUUUGCACUUCCUCACACGACGGUCCAAUUCCCGGCUGCACGCCUGAUCUGAACUGUGAAUAUACAGUUUCAUAUGGAGAUGGAAGCUCAACUACUGGGUAUUUUGUGGAGGAUCGUGUAGUACUUGAUCAAGUAACGGGAAAUUUUCGAACUGCAUCUACAAAUGGGAGUAUAGUAUUUGGUUGUGGUGCUCAACAAUCUGGCCAACUAGGUGCAACAUCUGCUGCGGUCGAUGGGAUACUUGGUUUCGGACAAUCAAAUUCAUCCAUGAUUUCGCAGCUGGCUUCAUUAGGAAAAGUUAGAAGGAUUUUUGCUCAUUGCUUGGAUAACAUUAAAGGAGGUGGAAUUUUUGCCAUUGGGGAGGUGGUGCAGCCAAAAGUCCACACCACUCCAUUAGUGCAGCAACAGGCACAUUACAAUGUGGCUAUGAAGGCAAUUGAGGUUGGCGGUGACAUGCUGAAUCUCCCCACAGAUGUUUUUGACACUGAUUUAAGCAGAGGAACAAUUAUUGACAGUGGCACGACGUUGGCUUAUCUUCCAGACGAGAUUUAUGAACCAUUAAUAGCAAAGAUUUUUGCAGGGCAGACUGGACUGAAGUUGCAUACUGUUGAAAAACAGUUUACUUGCUUUCAAUACAACGGAAACAUUGAUGAUGGAUUUCCUGACGUUACGUUUCACUUUGAAGGUUCACUAUCUUUGAGAGUUCGUCCUCGUGAGUAUCUGUUUGAUAUUGAUAGUGAUAAAUGGUGUGUCGGUUGGCAAAACAGUGGUGCCCAAUCUAGGGAUGGAAAGGGUAUGAUUCUGUUGGGAGAUUUGGUGCUUCAAAAUAGACUCGUGCUAUACGACUUGGAAAAUCAGACCAUCGGUUGGACAGAGUACAACUGCUCUUCAAGCAUUAAGGUGAGGGAUGAGAAGAGCGGAGGCGUAUAUACAGUUGGGCCUCAUGAUCUUUCUUCCGCAUCUUCCCUAAGAACUGGAAGAACAUCAGUGGUGUUGUUCAUACUAAUGCUUACCAUGCUUCAUUCUUUUACAAACUAAAAACUAAACAAACAUACAUUGUUUUCAAAGUGACUUGAGUUCAACAUAAAAAAUAGUAUGAACAACACAACUCAUUCUUUUUCAUCAUUGAAUUGGUUCUUUAAGAUCCAUUUCCCAAUACUGAAUUAUUCUUUGGGCUUUGUGUAAACAGCUUAUCCUUUGAAUUCAUAGGCCUCAACUUAAUUCAUAUAAAAACUUUAUUGUAAUGUUUA